GCCCGAGGCUCGCAGACCUGGGACCCGGCAGCCUGGCCCGACGCCCACUGGGACGCUUAGGAGGAAGAGGAAGGUCCAGGGCCUGCUCCUUCGGGACGCCCUGGGCGGGCCCUCUCCGCGCCCGGCCGCACAGCGAGCUCUUUUUCUGGCCCUGGGCAGGCAGCUCGGCUUGGGCCUGCCUCGGGUAGUUGCUGAGUUGCACAAACAGCUCUGCACGCCGGGUGGCCAGCAGUGGAGACCGGCAGCGACCCGCUGAGCCCGGAGCGGGGCUGACUGCAGGGCUGGAGUCUGCACGCUGUGACCUGGAAGAAUGAGUAGCAUUUUUGAGGCUGUAGGGAAAGCCGGCGGAGGAGGGGCUUCCCUCACUGCUGUAGCGGUUUCCGGUUUGCCACAACUAAUAUUAAACUUUGAAUUAUCUCUUGUCUGUUGGCGCCAGGGUUUCUUGUUGCUCCCGUGUUACAGAUGAAGAAACCGGGCGUUGUGAAUCCAGAUUUAGUUCUUUAGUAACUGUGUGACCUUGGGCCAGAAAGUCAACCUACGCUGUGAUUUUUCUUAUUUGUGUAAUGGAUAUAGUAAUAGGACUUGCUUCAUGUGGUUGUGGAACUCAGCAUCAGUUAAUGCAUUGAAAGGGCUUAGCACAACGCCUGACACGGGUACUCAUUGGAUUCUCCAUAACCCAUCUUUGGAAUACACUUCCCUUCUUGUGGACCCCAGUUUAGAAGUCUGACUCUAAAGCAUUUAGAAUAAAACUUAAAAAGUAUGGCAGGAUUUCUAUAGUAUAUCUAAUAUGAGUCCCACAUCUUGGCCUCUUACCCAGCUUCAGCAGUCUCAGCUCCACUGGCUGGAGAAUAAAUGGGAUUUGCACAAAUUCCAAACAGAACUGAAAUUCAGACUGCAGUGUUAAUAUCAUUUUCUUCUGGUUGUUAUUAACAGAACAUUAAAUGUCGUCAGAAGACCGAGAAGCUCAGGAGGAUGAAUUGCUGGCCCUGGCGAGUAUUUAUGAUGGAGAUGAAUUUAGAAAAGCAGAGUCUGUCCAAGGUGGAGAAACCAGGAUCUAUUUGGAUUUGCCACAAAAUUUCAAGAUAUUUGUGAGCGGCAAUUCAAAUGAGUGUCUCCAGACUAGUGGCUUUGAAUACACCAUUUGCUUUCUGCCUCCACUUGUGCUGAACUUUGAACUGCCACCAGAUUAUCCAUCCUCCUCCCCACCUUCAUUCACACUUAGUGGCAAAUGGCUGUCACCAACUCAGCUCUCUGCUCUCUGCAAGCACUUAGACAACCUGUGGGAAGAGCACCGAGGCAGCGUGGUCCUGUUUGCCUGGAUGCAGUUUCUUAAGGAAGACACCCUAGCAUACCUGAACAUUGUCUCUCCUUUUGAGCUCAAGAUGGGCUCUCAGAAAAAAAUGCAGAGAAGGACGGCUCAGGCCUCUUCCAACACAGAACUAGAGUUUGGAGGAGCUACUGGAUCUGAUGUAGACCAAGAGGAAGUUGUGGAUGAAAGAGCUGUACAGGAUGUGGAAUCAUUGUCAAGUCUGAUCCAGGAAAUCUUGGACUUUGAUCAAGCUCAGCAGAUGAAAUGCUUUAAUAGUAAAUUGUUCCUGUGCAAUAUUUGUUUCUGUGAGAAGUUGGGUAGUGAGUGCAUGUACUUCUUGGAAUGUAGGCAUGUGUACUGUAAAGCCUGUCUGAAGGACUACUUUGAAAUCCAGAUAAAAGAUGGCCAAGUCCAAUGCCUCAAUUGCCCAGAACCAAAGUGUCCUUCAGUGGCCACUCCUGGUCAGGUCAAAGAGCUAGUGGAAGCAGAGUUAUUUGCCCGUUAUGACCGCCUUCUCCUCCAGUCCACCUUGGACCUGAUGGCAGAUGUUGUAUACUGUCCCCGCCCAUGCUGCCAGCUGCCUGUGAUGCAGGAGCCUGGCUGUACCAUGGGCAUCUGCUCCAGCUGCAAUUUUGCCUUCUGUACCUUGUGUAGGUUGACCUAUCAUGGGGUCUCUCCAUGUAAGGUAACUGCAGAGAAAUUAAUAGAUUUACGAAAUGAGUACCUGCAAGCAGAUGAAGCUAAUAAAAGAUUUUUGGAACAGAGGUAUGGUAAGAGGGUGAUUCAGAAGGCCCUGGAAGAAAUGGAAAGUAAAGAGUGGCUGGAAAAGAACUCAAAGAGUUGCCCAUGUUGUGGGACUCCCAUACAGAAGUUAGAUGGAUGUAACAAGAUGACAUGUACUGGCUGUAUGCAAUAUUUCUGCUGGAUUUGCAUGGGUUCUCUAUCUAGAGCAAACCCUUACAAACAUUUUACUGAUCCCGAUUCCCCAUGUUUUAACAGGUUGUUCCAUGCUGUGGAUGUUAAUGGAGAUAUUUGGGAAGAUGAGAUUGAAGACUAGUUAACUCUUUCUGCUCAUAAUAUGGAAAUGGAAUGGUUUGCCCUAAUCUUGUCAAGUGUACAAAGUAACUUUGCAGGAUAUUUAGGGUACCAUGCAUUCAUAGAAGAUAAGGAAGAGCAAAGUUUAUAUUUUCAUUUGGUACUACUGAUUAUGGCACCUUCACACAUUUUUCCAUGUAUCAUAAAUUGAUAAAAUUAUAAGCCAAAGGUUCAGAAAAUGAAAAUUACAGAAUAUUAAAUAAUAUAAUAUGCCCAAAGCUCUUUUUAACUAAAAAGUAAAUAUUUAUUUUCUUCCCCAAGCUUUAGGUAAGGAGAAGGGUCAGGAAUUAAACAUAUAGACCUGUCUCCAAGAAGCAUCCCUCUGAGACAUUCUGUUGGAGCCCACUCAGUACUCCUAACAGCUGGGGUGGGUAGAAGCCUUAUUAAAAUCGUACUGAGAGCCUGAUCCCAUUCACUCCACAUUACUCACAUUCCUUCCAACUGAAAUUUCUGCUAAGUUCUCUUUGGAGGAAGCUUUUUGCUCUAUGACUGGAUGGCCCAGUGUUAUUUUGAUUGAUGCUUUUUAGAAUUUAGAAAUUUAUAAUAAUUUAAGAAAUAUUUUUCAGCACCACAAACACUGUGGGUGGCUUGAUAUUUAUGAGUGAUAUAUAUAAUUCACUGAUUUUGAGCCAAAUCUAUAAUGUAAUGAAACUGAUGUGGGAGAAUUUCAGCCCUAUUCUACUUUCCUGGGCAGUAGAGCUUAGAUUUACCUUUUUGUUCUACAUUUUCUCCUUUUACCCUCCCCCUGCCUUCUGUUGCAAGGACAGUUUUAAUAUUAAUUCCAGCAGCACACAUUUUCCUCUGCAGAAACAAGAGAAAGCCUAAUGUAUUCUCAAGCUGAACAAGCUGAAUGUUCUUUAAUUAUCUGGUUUUUGAACCUAUAUACAUUACUGUAGUUCCAGCCCUAACCUGAGUUCUUUUUAAAGGUCUUCUCUAAUGAGCUAUGGGAAUUUGGCUUUUUUGCAACAGCAGUGCUUUGGGUGAUAAUUUUGUCUUGAUACCUAGAUUCCUAUUUCUGGAUUUUGUUGGCUUUUUGGAAAAUUGUUUUUCCUUAUGGUUUGGUGAGUGGCUUAGCAAAUUAAAUAUAUAUAUAUAUAUUUUUUUUAAAGAGGGAUAGAAGAAUUCAGUUGCAGCUUGUGAACAUGUUUUUGCUUCUACCUUGUCAUUGAAAAUUGAGGAAUCACUUUUAACUGUUUUAGGUGUGUAUGUCCAAAAAGUCAGCAAGUGUGUUUCUGGAUUGUCAAUGAGGAUGCUUAAUCUUAAAAAUAAAAAUAGUUUUUAAAAAUCAUCUUAUAAUUA